UUUUACGUUUAGUGUACUCAGUGCGUCAGUCUCUGUUUGUGGAGUUAACUCAAAAGUGUGCUUAGUGAUAGGUUUCAUUACGCAGAACAUUCAGGACAAUUUUGUACACGUCUGCAUGAGACUGCUAUCUAGUGGACGUGCUUCAUGUUUGACUACCACGCCUCUUUGAACCAGGAAACUUAGUUCGGGGAAACUGAAACUGAACUGUGCAUAUCAACUUUCUAAUUUGUGUACAUACAGUUAAAUGGCAGAAGCCAGUAUUUCGUGGUCUCCAGAGCAGUUUAGCUGUUCAGUGUGUUUGGAUCUACUGAAGGAUCCUGUGACUAUUCCCUGUGGACACAGUUAUUGUAUGAAAUGUAUUUCUGACUGCUGGGAUCAGGAUGUUCAGAAGGGAGUUCACAGCUGCCCUCAGUGCAGAAAGACCUUCACUCCAAGACCUGCUCUAUUUAAAAACACCAUGCUUGCUGACGUUGUGGAGAAACUAAGAAGUAUAAAAGUACAAGAUGUUUCUGCUCGCUGUUACGCUGGACAUGGAGAUGUGGAGUGUGACGUCUGUACGGGAAGAAAAAACAAAGCCAUCAAGUCCUGUCUGGUGUGUCUCAACUCUUACUGUCAAACUCAUCUUGAGCAACAUGAGACUUUCUUUAAAACCAAAAAACACAGCCUGACAUAUGCCACUGGACGACUUCAGGAGAUGAUCUGCCCUCAACACAGCAAAAUUUUUGAUAUCUACUGCCGUACCGAUAAGCAGUAUUUGUGUUAUCUGUGUAUGGUGGACAUGCACAAAAACCAUGAGAUUGUUUCAUCUGCAGCAGAGAGAAGUGAGAAACAGACCCAGUUAAAGGAGACCCAGAAAAGAUAUCAGGACAGGAUAAAGAAGAUGCAGACAGAGCUUCACAGGAUACAAGCAGUUGUGUGGUCUUACAAGCGCUCUGCACAGAAAGCAGUGGAUGACAGCGAGAGGGUUUUUACAGAACUGAUCUCGUAUAUUGAGAGAGGGCGAUCUGAGGUGACACAGCUGAUCAGAGAUCAGGAAAAAGAUGCAGUGAAUCAGGCUGGACGAGUCUUGGAGAGACUAGAGAAGAAGAUUGAUGAUCUAAAGAGGAGAGACGCUGAGCUGGAGCAGCUUUCAUGCAUAGAUGAUCACAUCCGAUUCCUGCGGAGUUUCCAGUCGCUCACUGUUGCCCCUGAAUCUUCAGACUCACCGAGCAUCACUGUCAGCUCUCUCCUCUCUUUUGAUGAUGUAGAAAAAUCUGUAUCUCAUCUGAGUGAAAAACAUCAGCAUUUCUGCAGGGAGGAGUUACAAAAGCUAUCCGAUAGAGUGAAACACAUUGAAAUCAUUGCCUGCCCCGAACCCAAGACCAGGGAGCAGUUCCUUUUAUAUUCUCAUGAGCUGACACUGGAUCCAAACACACUGAAUAAACGCCUCCGUCUGUCUGAGGAACCCACACGGAAAUGUAAUAUAUGACAUAUAUGUCCCUAUAUCGUAAGUGAAGCUGUCAUAUAUGUUAAAUAUAUUAAUAUCACAUGUAUACAUAUCACUAGAUAUAUGUUGAUAUAAGUUUCAAACAU